CUUGGAGUUGUUCUCACCGCUGAUUAAACGGCACCGUAUCUAUGGGACCGUAACGAUGCCGUCUAAGUGUCUAAAUGAUCGAACAUGAUACCGGUGCAGAGAUGCCUGAUGGGUCUCGUUGAGCUUUCCAUUGUUUCAAUUGCAGUGGCGGUGAACGGUGAUUGGUGACUGACGCUACUACUGCUAAUUAACAGUGAAGAAGUUUGAGGGGGGAAUAAUAAAUGUCUAGGUUUCGAGCACUUUGGCAAGCUUCUUUGAAUGCAACAAAGAAAGCCCUCACAUGGAAUCUUGAAGAUUUGAUUCCUCCAAGCGAGAAGCUCAUUUUUAGUUUCAAUUCGAAGGAAGAGCUGAAAAAAUGGCAUCUAUAUUCAGAUUCUGAGUAUGGAGGUUUGUCCUCAGCUUCUUUGGAGAUCACAGAUGCUGGAAAUGGACUAAAGGGAGUUUUCUCUGGAAAUCUAUCAUUGGAGGUAUCUGAGGGCUCAAAGUGGAAUAUAACUCGAAGCGGUUUCUGCGGAAUGCGAUCCAAGAAGUUUGAUGGCUUUAUUGAUUUAGAUGCAUAUGAUACAAUAGCUCUAAAGCUUAAAGGUGAUGGAAGAUGCUACAUAUCCACUAUUUAUACAGAGAAUUGGGUAAAUUCACCGGGACAACUGGAAGAUAAUUCAUGGCAAGCUUUUGUUUUUGUACCCAAAGACAACUGGUAUAUUACAAAGAUUCCUCUUGCUCGAUAUUUGCCAACAUGGAGAGGAAAUGUUAUAGAUGCAAAGCUGGAAAUGAAUCAAUCUCGCAUUCUCGGCAUGUCCCUAUCUGUUAAUGCAGAAGGUGGCAUCCCAGGUACCAGGUCAGGAGCAGGUGAUUUCAAAGUUGAAAUUGAUUGGAUCAAAGCCUUGAGAACCCAGUGAGUCACCGUAAAACUUUAUCUUUGGACUACCUCCCCAAAUUUUCUAACUGUGUUGGAGCUCCAGAGGCAUUAACAAGCAGCCCCUGCAUUCUUUGUGAAUUUGUGUUCUUGAAAAUCCCUCCAACAACAAAGACUAGACUACUCUAGUUAGAUCAAGUCCUUGUACUUACAUCUGGAAAUUUUGAUGUGUUAGUAGAAUAUCCUGGAGCUAACAAAUAAUUUUCUAUGCUAAUAUAUCGUUCAUGAACUCUCAUCUUUCA